AAAUGUUUCGGGUAGCCUUCCACAACCUUAAAACAAUAAGUUGGGUGAAUUCCUUUUGACAGAGCUGGUGUAACUGAGUCAGGUUUGCAGGCCUCCUUGCUCGCACACGCUUUUUCAAUUCUGCCCACAAAUUUUCUAUAGGAUUGAUGUCAGGGCUUUGUGAUGGCCACUCCAAUACCUUGACUCCUUAAGUCAUUUUGCCACAACUUUGGAAGUAUGCUUGGGGUCAUUGUCCAUUUGCGACCAAGCUUUUACUUCCUGACUGAUGUCUUGAUGUUGCUUCAAUAUAUCCACCAAAUUUUCCUACAUCAUGAUGCCAUCUAAUUUAUGAAAUGCACUAGUCCCUCCUGCAACAAAGCACCCCCACAACAUGAUGCUGCCACCCCCGUGCUUCAUGUUUGGGAUGGUGUUCUUCGGCUUGCAAAGCCUUCCUUUUUCCUCCAAACAUAACGAUGGUCAUUAUGGCCAAACAGUUCUAUUUUUGUUUCAUCAGACCAGAGGACAUUUCUCUAAAAAGUACCAUCUUUAUCCCCAUGUGCAAUUGAAAACAGUAGUAUGGCUUUUUUUAUGGCAGUUUUGGAGCAGUGGCUUCUUCUUUGCUGAGCGGCCUUUCAGGUUAUGUCGAUAUUGGACUCGUUUUACUGUGGAUAUAGAUACUUUUGUAACUGUACAUUCAUCUCUAGGAGACAGAACGCGUCUCCUUCCUGAGCGGUAUGACGGCUGCGUGGUCCCAUGGUGUUUAUACUUGUGUACUAUUGUUUGUACAGAUGAACGUGUUACCUUCAGGCAUUUGGAAAUUGCUCCCAAGGAUGAACAAGACUUGUGGAGACAGGAUUGUGCCAACACCCGUGUCACACUUCCAUGGCUGACAGCAGCAUAGUUACUUUGGGGAUGGCUCGGAGCCUGCUGGUGGACUCCUCUGUGUAUGACUCCAGGAUGGCUGAGACUACUAAGGAUGUAUUGCUGGGUUUGGACUCUGAAGACAUGGAAGAGAUGCUACCUCGGGUCGAAACCAGAGUUGUUCUUGUAGGAGAAGCUGGCAAAAAUGGAGCACUUGUCAAAGCACUGCAGGCCGUCAGAAUAAUGGAAGUCCCAGUGGUUAAGAUUAGAGGAGGCGAACCGGGUGCUGAGACCGGAGAGAAAUUGAUAAAAUCUAUAGUCAAUAUGGAUAUCAACGUGCCUUGCAUAAAGACCGACGAUGUCAAAGAGUUUGGAGAUGGAGAAAACACAGAGUUUGAGACGGUGUUCGUGCUCAAAGACUUUGCCUCUCCUGACUACAUCUAUCUUUACAAACAUGACAACCGGAUCGUGGGCCCCCCGGUUGUUCUGCACUGUGCGGGACGAGAGGAGCCCCUGCCAUUUUCCUCUCGUCCUCUAUACUCUACCACCAUGCUUAACUUGUCGCUGUGUUUCACCGGUUUCCGCAACAAAGAGGAAGUUAAAAACCUGGUGAAUCUGGUGCAUCACAUGGGAGGCACCAUUCGGAAGGACUUCAGCACUAAAGUCACCCAUCUCAUUGCGUACUCCACUCAUGGCGAGAAAUACAAGCUUGCUGUGUGUAUGGGGACACCCAUCCUCACCCCAACAUGGAUCCAUAAGGCCUGGGAGCAUAGAGAUGAUGUUAGUUUCCAUGCUGGUGAUGAAGAGUUCCGCACUGAAUUCAAAGUUCCCCCCUUUCAAGACUGUGUGCUGAGCUUCCUGGGCUUCUCAAACGAAGACAAGACCAACAUGGAGGAAAGGACAAUCAAACAUGGUGGCAGCCACCUGGAGGUUGGUGAUCAGAAGUGCACUCACAUGGUGGUGGAGGAAAACUCUGUCAAGGAGCUGCCAUUCGUACCAUCAAAGAGACUGUAUGUUGUCAAGCAGGAGUGGUUCUGGGGAACGAUACAGAUGGAUGCCCGAGCAGGAGAGUCCAUGUACUUCUAUCAGAAGAUGGACAGUCCUGUGCUGAAGAAGGCUGUGUCCCUGCUGUCCCUCAACACACCCAACAGUAACCGGAAGAGGAGGCGUCUGCGGGAAACCCUGGCCCAGCUCACCAAGGAGACUGAGAUCUCCCCCUUCCCUCCACCCCGCAAGAGGCCUUCUGCCGAACACUCCAUGUCCAUGGGCUCUCUGCUGGACAUCUCCAACACCCCUGAGACCUGCAAGGCCUUGGCAGAACAUUCCCGGCCCUUGAAGAGCUCUACACCUGCUGUCCUGAAGCAGUCGGCUAGAUGGCAGGUCUCCAAGGAGUUGUACCAGACAGAGAGCAACUAUGUGGAUAUUCUCACCACAGUCUUGCAGCUGUUCAAAGUCCCCCUGGAAAAGGAAGGCCAAGUUGGUGGACCCAUUUUGGCUCCGGAAGAAAUCAAGACUAUCUUUGGCAGCAUCCCAGAGAUCUUCGAUGUACACACCAGGAUAAAGGCGGAUCUGGAGGAGCUGGUCAUGGACUGGUCUGAGAACAAGAGUGUCGGGGACAUCAUUCUCAAAUACUCUAAAGACCUGGUGAAGGCUUACCCACCAUUCGUCAACUUCUUUGAGAUGAGCAAGGAGACCAUAGUGAGGUGUGAGAAGCAGAAACCAAGGUUCCAUGCUUUCCUCAAGAUCAAUCAGGCGAAGCCCGAAUGUGGGCGACAGACGCUGGUGGAGCUGCUGAUUCGCCCUGUGCAGAGACUGCCUAGCGUCGCCCUUCUCCUCAACGAUAUUAAGAAACACACUGCCUGUAACAACCCUGACAAAAUCACUUUGGAGAAGGCAAUCGAAUCACUCAAGGAAGUUAUGACUCACAUAAACGAGGACAAGAGGAAAAUAGAGGGACAGAAGCAGAUCUUUGAUGUCGUCUAUGAAGUUGACGGCUGCCCUGCCAACCUGCUCUCGUCCCACCGCAGCCUGGUCCACAGGGUGGAGACCAUCGCCCUGGGAGACAAACCCUGUGACCGAGGCGAGCACGUCACACUCUUUCUCUUCAAUGACUGUCUUGAGAUUGCCCGGAAGAGACAUAAGGUGAUCAGCACAUUCAGGAGUCCUCUGGGCCAGACGCGAUCUGCAGCCCAACUCAAACACAUCACCCUCAUGCCUCUGUCCCAGAUCAGGAGGGUCCUGGACCUGCAGGAUACAGAGGAUUGCCAUAAUGCCUUUGCCCUGGUGGUGCACCCGCCCACGGAACAGGAGAAUCUUCUCUUCAGCUUCCAGCUGACCACUGAGGAUACGGUGAAGUCAACCUGGCUGAAGAUGCUCUGUCGACACGUAGCCAACACUAUCUGUAAGGCUGACGCGGAAGAUCUAAUUCAGUGCACUGAGCCUGACUCUGUCCAAGUGAGCACAAAGGAUAUGGACAGCACGCUGAGUAAAGCCUCUAGAGUCAUCAAGAAAACUUCAAAGAAGGUAACGAGAGCGUUUUCCUUCACCAAAACACCCAAACGGGUAAUCCAGAGAGCAUUCAUGGCCAACAGCACCUCCGACGACAAGAGCCCUGGCCCCAGCUCAGAGAACAUGAUCCACGUUGGAAGCAGUGCCACCCUGUCAAUGGCCCGCUCCACCUCAACAUUCAAUCUCAGUGGUUCUACCAAGAACUCUGCUGCUGCGGUGCAGCGCUCUAACUCCCUGGACCACCCACCCUGUCCCCGCCUCCGUGUUCCCGUCUGUAUUCAUACCCCAGACCCAACCCCUAGUCCAACCUGCCCUGAGGAGUCCCCACGUAAGCCCCAACCCACCCCCACCAGGCCCCCUUACUCUGCUGGCCCCCCUUCCUGGAGGGUCCCGUCCAAAGAGAGGCUUCCCCCUGGUGCCUGCAGGGACCUGCUGGUCCCCUCUGACCCCACAAGGCAGGCUGCUUGAGGCCCUGCAAAGAGACCCUCCUAUAGGCGGCUGACUGACGCGAUGCACUCUCCCUCCAUGGUCAACCUGCCGUCCAUGUUUGAGAGGAAGUACCACACGUUCAGUCGCUCCACAUCCCACCUGUUC